GGGAUUCCAAGACGCUCCCAGGCCAGCGAAGAGAUAUAAUCCCUCCACCUGGUCCUAGGUCUACCCCUCGGUCUCUUCCCAGCUGGACGUGCCUGGAACACCUCCUUAGGGAGGCGCCCAGGUGGCAUCCUCACUAGGUGCCCGAACCACCUCAACUGGCUCCUUUCAGCGCGAAGAAGAAAACAAAAGUUGAUUGAAGUGUGUGUUUCUAUAAUCGGGACUAUCCACUCUAGUGAUGUGAAAAAUAGAGUCAGUUAAUUUAACAAUGUUCCCUUAAAUGAUAUGUUUCUUAUCUGUGAUGCAAUAACACAUAUUUAGUUCUUGACACAACUAAAGGUAAUUUAAACUUACAUGACAACUUAAAAUGCAUUAAUUGUACUGAACUUUUUGUUUCACUAUAAGUACACAAAGAUAGUUACAACAUCACAGUUCUUAUAAGAACUCUGAAAAACAGUUAUUAAAAUCGUAUGACAUUGAAAUGCUCCUUACAAUUAUUCCACCCAUUAUCAGUAUGUAUCAGGUGAGGCUGAAAUUCAAGGUUCUCCAUUAGCUUAGCUUUUGACACUUUAAGUAUAAUUAGAUAAUAUGUGACUUAUACUUCAGAAAGAGUAUUAUUACUCUGUGGAAUUAGUAGUUAAGUAAAGAAUAUAAAUACUUAUCCCACCACUGUCAACCAAACUGGGUAUGGGAGUCAUAUAGAUAUUCAUUUCAUUUCUUUGAAUUUUAGUGUCUGUUUUUAUGUGUAUUUUAUAUCACAAUCAGGAUUUCAAACAGAUUCCUGUCAUAAAAGAUAACCACCGAUCACAUAACCCUUUUUCCCCGCUCACGUUGACCUACACCGUUGUCACUGAUCUUUAUGAGCGGUCCCUGAACGCAGCAGCAGGAACCAGCCGUCUCACAUUCGCUGCCCCGUGAGUGACGGUGGUGGAGGUUUGAUGGGCGGGGGAUCGGACCAAUCAACGCCGCCCUGUGAGCUCCGAAAGUCUGUCUCCUGCUCCUCCUCCCCCCGCUGCUGGCUCUACGGAGCAUUCCUCAUCUUCCUGAGGCUCGAGAGCAGAGGAACGCGACGUCGAAAACGAAGCGAACCGAACACACGACGGAUUCAAACCCCUAAUGACACUUUCCAAGGGCACGUAAGGUCAAUGUUGGGUCGCGGUGUGAAACGGAAGUGGAGCUGCCUGGAGGAGCUGGAGGCCGAGACCCUCCCUGCUGCUGCAGAGAAGGAGAGGAAUGGCGAGGAAGGCGGAGGGGAUGAUGACGGGUUCCUCGUGGGUCCAUCCAAAUCCGACAUGAACCACCUGCAGCAGCGGCAGCUCGUGCUCGGCCUCUGCAUGGAGAAGCUCCAGAGCUACCAGGCCGGCAUGGAGCUCAGCCUGCGACGCUCGGUGCUGCUCAUCAACACGCUCAGGCAGAUCCAGGAGGACAUGCAGAGCGAGGGGGCGGGAACAUCUGAGACGCUCCUCAACCACACCGACUCCUGCCUUCUCAGGGAGGACAUGCAGGUUACGUGUCCCGGCUGUGCAGAGGAGGAUGGGGACAGCCUUUCUCCACCACUGUCCCCAGAGUUUCCUUCUCAGGAGGCAAACAGCCUGCCCGACCAGCAGAAAUCACUUCCUGCUGCGGCCAUUAAUACUUUUAGUGAUGCAGUAAGCGCCAUGGGCUACCUCAGCGACCUCACCCUGGACGACAUCUUCGACGACAUUGACACAUCGAUGUAUGAGACUUCAGAACUGCCUUCGGCCUGGUCGGCGGGCUCCCUGUGGCCCAUCAGUGUGUCGCUGUGGACGGACGAGGAUGUCAAAAUGCGUCCUCCUAGCCACCCAUCGGCUGGGACUCUCCAGUCCUGUCUGAUGGACCUGAACGAACUGGACCACAUCAUGGAGAUUCUGGUAAAGUCCUGAUCACCAAGAUGAACUUUUACUGCACACAGUCUCAGAGUCAGAUCCCAGCUGAGGACGGGACCUUCGACUUUUAAGGCACCGUCUGACAUUUGGGUUGAAAAUGCGAUUCAAGCUUCAGCUAGAUUUAAUUCAUUCCUUUGCAAAUAACUCUUAAAAAAUCCAUCCAAAAGUUAUUUGCAAGAACAUCAAUAUUUAUUACCAUACAUGAAGAAACUGGUUUAAAUAUGAAUAUGAAACAUCCAUUCUUACACACUUUUACACUGUCUUUGGUCAUAUUUCCAAACACUAUAAGUUAUGUGAAGGCGUGUAAAGGUUUUUCUAGAAGUCUCAGUGGAAUUCAGUAUUGGAAAUCUUAAGCUAUCAAAUAAUAUUGUUGACAUUCAACGAGAAAAAGACACAUUUCUGCAGCUUUAGGACAGUGGCAGUGUGGGUCAAUAAUCUGCAGUAAAAGUACAGGAGGCAUGUCUAGACAAAGUCAAUACACCAAAAGUGUUUUGCAACCACAGUAAAGUUGCUGUGAAAGUAGAUUUUCCUUUAUUUUAAACUAUCAUUUCAGAUGGACCAUUUAAUAGCCACUUUUUUAUGCCACUUAUCACUCCACGUCUUUUGCGAAAGCAGCAUCUCUCUGCGAGUGAAUUCACCAGAAGACGAAACCUAAGCUUCCGUGUUCGUCGGGUCAUUCAGAUCUGGGUUGAUUAUUAAUUGAAAUCCCGUCAAUGACUUAAGAGGUGUGUCCUUCCAGCGUUGGGACUGAAAGACUUGUAUCACUUCGCGUAGGAUCUUUAAAUCAGACAUCAGUCACAAGUCUUUGUGGCUGUGUUCAUGCAGCAGAGGGGUGGACAGUCUUUAUUAAUAUACUUAUUUGGCUCAUGAAAAGGAGAAUGUGGCCACUGAAUUUGGGGAUUACCAGCCAAAGAAGUAUCAAGUCCCCAAAAUGGAUGACAAGAUGUUUAAAUAGUUCCAACACAUUUGAUCUAAUAUUGUUAUUUAUGAAUGAAAGAUCACCCACAAUCUGCAGCAGAUCUUCUUUUUGUAUAUUGAGUUUGUUGUUUGGGUGUGAGUGUAACUUAUAAUUGAGAUUCUUUAUGAUCUUGGGACAAACUAUCAGAAGCCUGUACGUGAAAUACUCACGGUUGACGUGAACAGUUUAUCCUUGUCGGCAGCUUGUAUUUACGGUAAAUGCAACAUGUCACGAACGCAGCGUAAAUCAUGUAUUUUAAAUAGUAAUGUUAUCCCAGUGUGGUGCUGACUGAGGAGCCGAUCGCCUCACGUCAAAAAUCAGGAUCACUUUGCCAUGUCUCAGAAUUGUAAAUGACAACAGAAACCUACAGUAUGUAUUUUUAUGGCCAUGAUGGUAUGACUUUUUAUCGCAAUGUACAGAAGACAACUGUUUUAUAUGUGUGUUUCUACCUGAAGCUCUAACCCCAUGUCCAUGAUGUCCGACCGUCACUACGUGUGUUCUACCUCCUGAUGUCUGUCUCUUCGUUUACCUGGACACUCCUGUCUGUCACUGAAAUAUUUGCAAUUUUCCCCGGUUUUAACUCGGCUGAAAAUCCAACCCGAUGGUCUCCAAUGUUUUCCUGUCAGGCCAAAGCAAUCCAUCCUCAUCUCCUUCUCAUUGUAAAACGUGCCUUACUACUGAAUUUAACUUAUAGGUAUAAGUGGUUGUCUGUGCUCGAGCUUCAUUUGUAGAAACCUAAGAACUGAAGCGAGGGGUUCUUUAAAGCGCCACAACCCGCCAUCGUUUCUUCUCCUUUCUUUGCCUUUUUUUUUUCUGUGCUCGGUGAACACUAGUGGCAUAUGAGCUUAAUGUAUCCAGACAGGAUGACAGUAAACUAGCUGAGGGAGGAGGUGGCAGCGAGGGCCAGGAGGGAAAAUAAGAGGAGGAGGAGGAGGACAUGGAGGUGGGAGGAGGGGUGGGAGGAAGCUACUUGCGUCACUUGUUCAGUAGGAGGGGUUUUGAGCUUGUUUUGCACUCAGACUCAGACCACCGACCAAUCACAGGAGAUGUACAAGCAGUCGACUGCUGCUGCUGCUCCAACAACAACUUGUUUUUGCUCCUCAUGGCUCUGCACAGAAAUACAGUGUUGGAUUUCAGCGUCAGAAAUGAAGCCACUUUUCUGUUUUCUUUGUUUGUUUUUCUUUUUGCAUAAUCUAUCUGACAGUACAGAAAGCAGAAAGCUGCAGUGUUAUUUAUAAAUGUAUGAUGAGAGUGUCCGUAAAGCACAAGCUGUAUGUUGUUGAUGCUGAUUUAUGAUCUAAAUAUAACCGAAGGAUGCUAUGUAAUGAAAUGAUCAUUAAUAAUGUAUUUUAUGUGAAAUAUUUUAUAGAUUUUAUUCAAUAAUACAGUGGAAAUACCAGAAACUUC